UUCCAGUUCAGCAAAUGCUCGUAAUAACAAUUUUUGGAAGGGUCUCUGCAUGUUGAGUUGUACUGCGCAGAUGCUGCAUGCAUAUGCCUACAGACAUGUGUAUCUAAAAAGUAUGCAACCCAUCUCUAUGGUUUUGGUUCUCGAUUCCACUCAAAUAUAAAAGUUGUAUUCUCAUGAACAAUCCAAAUUCAUAUAAACUAACAAUUAUCCUCCGUUUGUUUCGUUUGAAUAAAAAUAAUACACCAGAACUGGAUAUGUCUGCGAAUCUCCAAGGUCUCGUUCCUCAAAGUAAUCACGAUGUUGAUAAAAAAAUUCCGUUUUGUGUUUUUAUUUAAUCAUCAUUUUGCUUUUAUUGUUUGAAAUGUUUUGAUUAUUGUCAAUAGAAUCUAUGUGUUAUGUAAAUUGUAAAGCACAAACAGAUAGAAGACUUCUCCUAAGCUAUUAGCGAUGUUUGUGUUGUUGGAAACAUAACCUCAAAUUGCCAAAAAUGUUUGAGAAAAAUGUCCCAAGUUUUAAAAAAACUCGACAACCGUUUUCAAUAAAC